ACACACACACACACACACACACACACACACACACACACGUAGCUGGACUCUGGAUUGACCUCUGGAGGAUACAUCCCUCAGGACUCCGUUUCCCAUCAUGCACCGGUGGAGCCUCUCAGAGCUCCAGGGGGUCUCCUCCCAGCAGGGGGUCUCCUCCAAGCGAGGGGUCUCUCCCCGAAGGAUUACCCAGGAUCAGGACCGGUGGAGCUCCGGGCAGCGGAGGGGGUCCGGGCGCCGCUGCACGUGCCCGUCGAGGGGGGCUCCUCUGUGGGCGUGGCUGCUGCUGGGGGCCCUGGUGGUUCCUGGAGCCUGGAGCUUCCUGAGCGAGGAGCAGGAGGAGCUGCUGGUGGAGCUGCACAACUACUACAGAGGACAGGUGCAGCCUAGCGCCGCCGCCAUGCUGCCUCUGAAAUGGGACCCGAACUUGAAGUUGAUCGCGGAGGGCUACGCCGCUAAAUGCAUCUGGAACCACAACCCAGAACUGGAGGACACCGGAGAGAACCUGUACAGCAGCACCGGAAAGCUGGACCUCCGAGAGGCUGUGGAGAAGUGGUUCAUGGAAAAUCUGCACUAUGACUUUCAGAACAACAGCUGUGACGAAGACCAGAUGUGCGGACACUACACACAGAUGGUGUGGGCAGACACACACAGACUCGGCUGUGCCUUCUAUCUCUGUAACAACAUGGAGGGUCUGGAUUGGGAGAGGAUCUCCUUCCUCGUCUGCAACUACUACCCAGCAGGGAACUAUGAGGGCAUGAGGCCGUUUGUUGAAGGUGAAUCGUGCUCCAGAUGUCCUGAAAACCUCGAGAAAUGUGAAAACAGCCUCUGUGUUGCUGACACAGAGGACGAAGAGGAGGAAAUUGACGAAUUGGAGGAAGAGGAGACGACAGUGUUUCCUCCUGCAACAACAACUGAGCUCUCUCUCCAGCCUAAAGAGGAGAAGGAGGCGGAGGAGGUUGUUCCUCCUCCUGCAACCACUGAAUCCUACAUCCAGCCUUCCACCCCCACCAUCUCCACCUCUGAGGAUUCUGAGGACUCUGAGGACAGCCAACCAGCAGAGACUCCUGCCCCGGGUACCCAGCCUCCAGACCUCCCCUCUGUACCACAGGGAGAGGGGGAGAAGACUGAAGAGGUGGUGGAGGAGAAGGAGAAGGCAACUGAAGAAAAGGUGGAGGAGAAGGAGGAGGAAGGCCAGAAGAAGAGGGAGCCUACAGCGAAGACGGAGGGAAAAGAUCAGAAGGAGCAGGAGGAGGAGGAUCAGGAGGAGGAGGAGGAGGAGGAAGAGGAGCAGGAGGAGGGGCUGGAGCAGCAGGAGGCCCCUCCCCUCCCUCCCCAGCGCUGGCUGUAUUACCUUGCUAACCCGCCCCGCGGUAACAAACGUCUCCCUGCAGAGUAAAAUGGGUCAAUUAAUAAUUCACACUCGUCAGAAAACAGCUGCCGCGUUCACAACAUCUGCAUGAAGUCUGGGCUGAGAUCUGGGUCGGAUAAUGUGUGCAUAACCUGCUUCCACCUGCUCCAAGAACAGAAAUAUUACUGCCAGGCACUAAUGUUUUUAUGAAAUGGUUAUGGUUUCUGGUGGUGAUGGAUGUCAAUCAGAGCUGCAGUCAGUUAGCCUAGCUUAGCAUAAAGACUGGAAGCAGAGGGGAACAGUUAGCCUGGCUCUGUCCAAAGACACAGACACAUAUAAAGAUUAUUAAACUAACAUCAUGUGAUUUUCUGCAGCAAGGACUCAACCAGAAACAAAUCCCUUCAGUAACCAUCGUUCAGCAGCAGAAUCAUCCUCAGAGUUUUUAAAAUUGGUAAAACACUGAAUAAAGCAGGUUCAUCUUACAACUCUUUGUUUCUCUGAUGCAGUUUGGUGAACACAGGACAUCCUGAGUGACUUAAAAACUAAAACAUUGGCUCAAAAGUGGAUGAAAAUGACUGAUAUCUCUGAGUUUGAAAAUUGUUAGAAACAUCUGUGUAAUAUAUUAAUGUAAGUACACAACUCAACAAAAUAUAAUAAAUAGGUUAAGUUGUUUUCAAGACAUUUUAAUGAGAUCUAUACCUUUAGACCUUUAAAUAAACUUUUUUUUUAUAGUUGUCAUAAAGUUUGUGGGGGAUUUCACUUUUUGUGCCGCAGAGGAUUUUUUUGUUUUUGUUGCCAACAUCACACAGCGGUGAAACGGUGGAGUUACAGAUUAGUUACAGAGUUACAGAGUGUCAUGUGACCGCGUUGGGCCCAGGAAGACUUUCCCUUCAGACUUCAGACUUUAAUCAGAACAAAUGACUCGUUUCUCUGUCAGUUUGAUCUGUUUGGACCGUGAACAUUUGGAAAGUAUAGCAGAGCCGUAAGAUGAAAUCCUUUUAUUAUAGAAGUGUUUAGUGAAGGAUGGGGGCAAAGGAUGCUGAAGACCUUUCAUAGGAAUGAACAGAGCCCCGAUUCCAACACCAGAUCAGCUCUCUAUAUACAGGUGCAUCUCAAUACAUUAGAAUAUGAUGGAAAAGUCCAUUUCCAGUAGUUCAAGUCAAACAGCUCCAACCAAGUAUUGAGUCAUAUAGAUGGACAUACUUUUCAACAACAUGGACAACAUUUCCACAUCAAACAUACUUUUAAAAUAUUUUUUUUUUGUUCUUUUUUUUGAGCCGCUGAAUUUUAGGUCUUCAUUAAAUGUAAGCCAUAACCAGAGAUGCACCUGUACAUCCAUUGACUGACUGCAUGGCUCUGAUUGGUCCGUUGUUUCUCUCCGUCACAGACUCAGAUCUGAAACCAGGCUAGCUGUUUCCCUUUGUUUCCAGUCUUUGCGCUAAGCUAGGCUAAUGACGUCCCACAUGUCACUCUGAGAACGAGCAGGUUUCCUGAUCGGCUGUAAAUCUGUCCAAGUUCCCCAGAGUGUCCUCAUUCUGUGCACAUUUAGUGGGUUUAAAAUCUCUCACUAAGUUUUGUUGUGCCAGUAACAGCGUCAGUCACACAGUGAAACCCUGAAACAGUGAGACAGUGAAACAGUGCAGCGCUCUGAUUCUGUAUUUAGAGACGCAGGAUGCUAAAAGACAUCAACAUGUUGAAUGAAUCAGCUGCAGGUUACUCACAGGAUGUUUGUGUCUGCAGGGUGACAGCAUCAUCUCACAUGGACGAACCACUGUAAAGAUAAAAGCAAUAUUUGUAUGAUUAUUAUUGUUAUUAUUGUGUUAGUAAAUGCAGGAGAACUGAUUUGUGUUAAACUGACGACCCUGCUUCUUCUUCUUCUUCUUCUUCUUCUUCUUCUUCUUCUUCUUCUUCUUCACAUUAUAUAUCCUCUGAGCUUCGUAUACUCUCAGACUGGACAUACAACUGGACAGAGUCUAAUAAUUUACUUUAUCUCUGUUAUUACACUGUGUCAGAAAGCAGGAAAUUACCAUAACUAUCAUCAAUAACUUUAGCAAAGAUUGCUGUAGAUGUCUGUAUAUGAGAUUAAUAAAGAAAUAAACCGGAUUUCUUCUUUUGGACAA